UCGUUGUUUAGAAAGUCCGACAACAAGAACACGGUGAGGUACACCUUGGUACCAGAAGACAUACCCAUCAGAAAGGUGUACCAGAAGGUUCACUAGCUUCGCAGCUGGUGGGGGUAACGGUAAGCUAGCGGUGUCAGACGGUGCCGGGCACUCACUGCUCGUCGAUUCGCCGAGCGAUCGACAUCAAGUGUACCCGUCGAUCGAGAGAAACAGGAUUUUUUCGUCAUCAAACAGUCGGUUGUAGUCAGUCAGUGCUCGAAACAGGUAUCAGAGAAGAUGGAAAAGGAUCAACCGGAUUCUUUGGCUACCGUGGCCGUUGUCUCGGAGAAGAUGCCUCAUCCGCCUCAUAGCAAUUACGCACCCAGCGAGGUCUACUCCUCCGCCGAACCACCGCCGGCAUACAUGAGGCCAAAAAGCACGGCAGUUCAAAUUACAAGGAUCGCGGCCGUCACCUUGGUGACCAUGUCCGUAAUCCUUGGAAGCUUCAUCCUCGCAGCGUCCUGGGUUCAGGCUCGAGCAUCCUGCACUCCUGAAUCAAUUGCUGCUAUGCAAGCAGAAUUAAGGCUCCAACAACAACAGCAACAGCAAGCUUCAGCCUCCUAUCAACAAGGUGAAUUCUUGAAGCAUCUGCAGCCGGAAGCUCUCAUCCAGGAUACCACUGAACUGAAAGAGGCACAGCAAAGUCUGGCUGCGCAAACACCAGUUAAAAAGGAGGUAAUGCCAGAUACCAAGGACAUCAAACUCCAAAAGGAAGACGAAAAUAAUUCAAAGUCAGAUAGUGAAAGCAGUGAUCAUGACGACGACGAUGAUGACUACGAUGACGACGAGUUUCCUCCUGUUCACAUUAAGCUACCCCUUCAAUUCGAUUUUGACGAAAUUGCGGGCACUCUGAUUCAAGAGGCACGAAGCAGAGUUUCUUGUGUAGUUGAAAGACGAAGGGCCGAUCAAGUGAUGGACGGUGCUAACAACAACGUGGAAAACAACACAGACUCUCGUUACCAGAGACUGAGCGGAGAACGCGUUGCUAUUCUCUGCGAAUCUGGCAAUCCUCAUCAAGAGCAACAGGAGCAAGAAAUGCUUACUCCGAUCAUCAUUCCUCUGGGAACAGUCCAAGUACCUCUUCAAUCUCAGGAACCAAACCCAGGCUACCAUCAAUAUCAAAUCCACACUCAAUAUCAAGUUCCUGAUAUGCAACAGUUGCCUCUUAGUGACCCACGUGGACUGAAUCACAUUCCACCCGGUGUUCUUCCACCUGAAUUACGAAACCUUCCUCAAGUUACCAUGGAAAUGAGACCACCGCGUGUAGGACCACAGGCUCCCAUGAUGGGACCACAGAAUCCUAUGAUGGGACCACAGAAUCCUAUGAUGGGACCACAGAACCCUGCUAUGGGGCCACAGAACUCUGCACCAGGACCACAAGUUGAGAUACGUCGAAUUCCCAUUGAGUUGCAUCACUACCCAGUGAAUCCAAUCAGAGGAAUGCGACCCCCAAUGCCCCAGGAGCCGCAACAAGUACCAAUGAUGUACCAUCAAGUCGAGCAAGCACCUGGAGCAUUCAACCAAGAACAAGGACCAGCUAUGAUGCCUCCACCAGCACCGCAGGCGGAAGCUCAAAUUCACGAACAAAGAGUGAUUCCUCACAUGCUGAUUCCUCAAACCGAACAACGACCACCUCAAGUGCCACCACAAGUACAACCUCAAAUGCAACCUCAACCUCAAGCUCAGCCUCAGCCUGAACCACAACCGGCUCAGGUUACCGAGAGACAACGUUCUCCCUUCCAAGGAAUUCCGUUCGAAAUUCGAAGAAUCAUCCAACAAGUGCCUGUGGAGAUCAAGAAUAUCAUUCAACAUAUCACUGGCGAAGGGAGACCCGUCCCUGUACAAGUACCUGAAGGUGCUCGCCGCGAGAACGUUCAAGAAUUCAAACCGUUCCCGGAAGGAGCACAACCCAUCCCUCUUGGACUUCCACUUCCCAUAGAAGUCCGAAACUUGUUGGAACAUGGAAGCAUAGAGAGUCGUCAGCGAUCGGAUGCUUCUAGUGAACAACAGGAAGCUAAAUCUUACUCUGGACAGGAAGAAGAUAGCGAGGAGGAAAGAAACUUCCCAGUACCAGCUGAAAUUCGUAACAUAAUUCAUCAGGUUGUAGAAGGCAAUGCUUUCCCGGUACCAAGAUUUUCUCUGUCACUGAAACCUGUAGAAUCCUUGGAAAUACCAGUUGAAGCUCGUGCCGAAGUUUCCGACAGUCAAAUGGCUGAACAAGAUCAAGAACGACAACCGGAGCAACAACACGUAACCCACAUGAUGAUACAGCAACAGCACCAACCACAACAAACGCAACAGCAACCGCAACAGGAACAAGAAGAAGAAAGUCGUCCGCAUUAUGUACAACCACGCUCAGUGCGUUCCAUCCCAGAAGCGUUCACCCAUCGCCGCGAGAAGCGCGUCCGUCGUUGCGCUUGUGAUUGUGCUUGUUAAUUUCCCAUCCAACGCACGAAUGUCCCAUAAUACCCACUUAAAGAGAAUGCCCUCCAUCCCCCAAAAAAAUUUCGGAACACAUUCGAUAGGUUCCCUUAAUCUAAAAGAAUCCUAACCCAAACGUUUCCCUUCAAGUUUUACAUUUUUUUUUUUUUUUUAUAAACCUUGAUACUAUGCUCACAACCAGAUACACUUUAUUGAAGAGGACCAAAUGGGACAAGAAUUUAAGAGAUUAAAAGCGUUUCAUUGUGUUUGUAUUUAGUAUCACCGCGCUAUAAAACAGCAAAGCCACAAAUGCUUUAUUUCUAGGCUGUUCAUGGAAGCAAAUAAAUUGAAAAAAAUAAAAUUUUGCGGCUCAGAGGACACCGUAGAACGUAGACACUUAUAUCGAAAGAAAAAGUAGAAGAAUGAAGACCCAUUAAUAUGAGUGAUAUUUUUUUAAACUAACAUGUCUCUGGCAGAGAGGGCGUAUAUUAACUUUGUCGUUACAUUUCUUUUUCUCGCGGUAACAUUUACAUAUAGGGAGAUGAAUCUGUGAUCGUUUCUUUCGUUUUCGUUUAAAACAGAAUUGUAAUUUUUUUGAACAAUAGAAGACAUACACAACGAUCAUUAUAUGGCCAAGGAGAGUUUUUAAAUUUCUUAACUUGCGAUUAACACUGAUAUUUUUAUUCAGAGAGAAAAUCAAUAAUUUUAAAACCCUUCUAUAAAGAUCAAAACGAUUAUCGGUGUGUGUAUUCUAAUUUUGCAGACUAACUUCUGAACCUCCAUUUUGUAUCUACGCUAAAUUUUAAGGUAUGGACACUAUAUUUCUGUAUAACUUACACACACAUAUAAUUCUUAUCUUUUCAUGACAAUAAAUCGAUAUUGAUUAGACUUAA